AUGUCGAAGAUGGGCGAUGAAGCACAAGAUGACGCAGGGUUACUGGAUUACAAGAGCGCUUCAGAGGUAUCAGAAUAUAUGGAAAACCUUGGCCUGCGAUUCGAAUUUGGAUGCAAGAAGGAACGUAAUCCGACAAGUUGUCACUCUCUGGCUCAGUGGUUUGAAACAUACAAAACAGACACUAAAAGGUGUGCUGAAAUUUUGCAGAUGAAUUGCUUCGAUAUGAAAUAUGGCGAUAGUUGCUUCAAAUAUGGCGUUUUCAAGUUGUUCGGGAAAGAGGGGGUACCAAGGGACCCUUUGGCUGCUUACCAAGCCUUUGAAUUUGGAUGCAAGUCUACUGAUCACGGCAAGUCCUGUCAAGGUGCUGGACGUCUCAUUGCUGAAGGACUCGUGAGUCACUCGCCCUCAUUAACUCCUGCUAUCCCGAUGUUCGAAAGAGGUUGUCACUUUGGACUCGCUGAGAGCUGUUUUCACUUGGGUGGCGCAUCAAUCAACUUGGCUAACCAGAUGGACAAAGCUGGAGAAAAAUCAAAAGGUCAAGAUUCCCCAAGUAGCCUGAGAAAAAAAGCUCUUGAUGCGUGGUCAAAAGGCUGUGAACUUGGUCAUGAACUUUGCUGUCGUAAUGUAGCACGAAUGUAUUCCAUUGGUGAUGGCGUUCCCGUGAACGAAUCGAAAGCUGACGAGUUCCGUCAUCUGGCCGAGAAAAUUGCAUCAGACCGGUUACGAAUGGAUACUGAAAUAGCUGCAUCAACAAAAGCCUGACCUUUUUCAGUCGCUACCAUUCAAGCACCUCCUAGAUAGUCCUUUGUACAGCUCUCUACCGAUAAAUUUUUGUAUCCAGA